UCCUCCGCGCCGCAGGAGUCGCUGUUUCGCCGGCGAAGGGGGGCGGGGCCGCGGCGCCCUCGCCUCUCUCACGUGGCACCGCCCCCUCGCGACACGCGGUCAGGAAGUCGGAGGCUCCGCUACUCCGCGGCGGCAGCGACGCAAGCCACGCCUCCUCGUCCGCUCCCAACCAAUCGCCGCGCUCCCCUUCGGCCCCGGCGCGCUGGCGUCUCCUAUCCCUUUAAGGAAGCGCCGGGGCUCCCGAUUGGAUGCAGAGCGGAGUCGGGAGGGGCGAGGCGAGGGGAGGGGUGGGAAAAAAACGGGGCGCGCGCCCGCGGUUCUCCCCGUUAGCGCGCGCGCGGGCGGGGGCUGGGCCGGCGGCGGCAGCGGCGGCGUUGGGUGCGCACCUGCGGCCGCCUCGGGGCGGGGCGGCCGCGCAGGGAGCGGCGGGCGGGGCGAUGCCCCCGCGGCAGAGGUAGCCGCCGGGUGCCGGCAACCCAUGUGCGAGCCGCGCUCGGGGCGGCAGCCGUCCUCCCCUCAGGUGCCCGCCCCCGGCGCCCUGGCCCUGCCCUCGGGCGGCGGCGGCGGCUGUCGCGCCUCCGCCCCGAGCUACCUCUGCACCUGGGCCACCGCCUUCCCCGCUAGCAGCGUGGCGCAGCCAGCGGAGGGAGCGUGUGCCGGAGCAGCGGCCGCGGGAGACGAGGACGGCGGCGGGGAGAUGGGCGACAAGAAGGUGGCUCUCAUCACCGGCAUCACCGGGCAGGAUGGAUCGUACUUGGCUGAGUUCCUGCUGGAAAAAGGCUAUGAGGUGCAUGGAAUUGUUCGUCGAUCUAGUUCUUUUAACACAGGCCGGAUUGAACAUCUCUAUAAGAACUCACAGGCUCACAUUGAAGGAAACAUGAAGCUGCACUAUGGUGACCUCACGGACAGCACCUGCCUGGUGAAGAUCAUUAAUGAAGUCAAACCCAAUGAGAUUUACAACCUGGGAGCUCAGAGCCAUGUCAAGAUUUCUUUUGACCUAGCAGAGUAUACUGCUGAUGUUGAUGGAGUUGGCACUUUACGGCUCCUAGAUGCUAUUAAGACCUGUGGCCUUAUCAAUUCUGUGAAGUUCUACCAAGCCUCCACCAGCGAACUUUUUGGAAAAGUGCAAGAAAUCCCGCAGAAGGAGACCACCCCUUUUUACCCAAGAUCGCCUUAUGGGGCAGCAAAACUGUAUGCCUACUGGAUUGUGGUGAACUUCAGAGAGGCCUACAAUCUCUUUGCAGUGAAUGGCAUUCUCUUCAAUCAUGAAAGUCCCAGGAGAGGAGCUAAUUUUGUUACUCGAAAAAUUAGCCGAUCGGUGGCAAAGAUUCACCUCGGACAGAUGGAUUCUUUCAGCCUGGGCAAUCUGGAUGCUAAGAGAGACUGGGGCCAUGCCAGGGACUACGUUGAGGCCAUGUGGCUGAUGCUGCAAACGGAUGAGCCAGAGGACUUUGUCAUAGCCACUGGGGAGGUCCAUAGCGUCCGUGAAUUUGUGGAGAAGUCAUUUAAGCACAUUGGGAAAACCAUUGUGUGGGAAGGAAAGAAUGAAAAUGAAGUAGGGCGAUGCAAAGAGACUGGCAAGAUUCAUGUGACAGUCAAUCACAAGUACUACAGACCAACUGAAGUGGAUUUCCUUCAAGGGGACUGUACCAAAGCCAGGCAAAAGCUGAACUGGAAGCCCAGAGUCACAUUUGAUGAGCUAGUGAGGGAGAUGGUGGACGCCGACGUGGAGCUCAUGAGGAGCAACCCCAACGCCUGAGCCCAACGGGACCCGGCCAAGGCACAGCUACACAGGGGCCAAGCUGGGGGCCACCCUCAGCCCUGGUGGCUCUACGCUAGCAGCCUGCGUGUACAAGGCUGGUUCUGUCCCUCCUCCACUCCCCCAGUGCCUCACGCCCCACACAUCGGGGGCAGCCCCACUCCUCCACCCGGGCCACCUCUGGUGUCUGACCCACUACUGUACCUAGAGGAGCCAUUGGCCGGCGAGCCCACUGACUUACUUUUUAAUUAAAACUUGUCUUUCUAUUAUCUAA